AUGGAGAGAGAUUGGGGGGGGGGGCAUGGCCCUGGGAAGUUCUUGCCCUUAAAACUACGCCCCCUUGUGGACCGGGCAAAAGAACACAUUCCCUCACUUUUCUCUGAAGAAAUGGAACAAAUGCUAGCUGAGCCUCUUCUGCGGGUCUGGAUGAGGUUGGGUGCUUUAUACAUCCGAGGCAGGGGACCUCUUCCGCGCCCUCCACGUGGCAUCCCCAGCACUUCACACUGCAGCUGGCAGCAGCAGGCGCUGGGUGUUCGUUUAGUAAAAUCCCGCAGUUUGGGUAGCAAAGAGGAGGAGAGCAGAGAGCAAGGAAGAAAACGCCAGAAGGUCAGACGCAGCCUCGGCCACAGGCUCCGCCGGCUCCGGGGGCCUGUCCCGUGCCCCGCCAGCGCCCACCAGACAGGGGUGGGAAGGGAGCCCCGCCGCCGCUCCCUGCCCGCGGCGCCUCCCCCGACCCCCCACGGCGUCCAGGUGCGGAGCCCAGAGCGCGGUGCCGCCGCACAACGUCUCCAUCCGCCCCCUCACCGCCCUCACCAGACAGUGCUCCGCCCGCGUCAGAAACGCUGGGGCCGCAGCAGCCCCGUUCUAGCGGCCGCAGGUCACCUCAGGAGCGUGUGCAGUGCACGGAAGGGCAUCGCCGGGGGUGGAUGGGGCGGGCGUUGUGGGGUCCGCGGACCAGGGCGGCAAGGUCCUCGCGGGAAGGGCGCCGUGGCCCUGCAGCUGGUGAGCAGUGAGAGGAACUUCGUUCUGGUGAAGGAGGAGCUGAGCUGGUCCGACGCCCAGCAGCACUGCCGGCUGCACCACACAGACCUCGCUGACCUGCAGCUAAGUGACGUGAUGGAGCUCUCCUUCCUCAUGACCAGCACCCCAGCUUGGAUUGGCCUCUUUUUUGACGCAAGCACUUCUGGCCUGAGAUGGUCCAGCGGCUCCUCCUUCACAGCCCUGGAGUGGGCCCUGCAGCUGCCCGAAUUCGGGGUGGGCCUCUGUGCCACGCUGUACACUCGGCUGAAAUUACUCAACAUCGGGGCUGCCUUCUGCACAGCCCAGAAGCCCUUCCUCUGCUACUAUGACCCUGAUGUUGGGCACCUCAUCUCCACGAAGCCCUCUCUCAGCCUAACCACCUCUCCAAAGCUAGCUGUGGUCCAGAUCGGUGGUCAGACCUUCAUGAGAUUUGACCAAGUGAUGACAUGGUACUCGGCCCUGCUGUACUGCCGCAGCCACCACACAGACCUGGCCGACCUGCAGAUGGUGACGGACAAGACAGGCAAGGAGGCCUUGAGAUCCCUCAUGAGUGAGACUGAAGCCUGGAUUGGCCUCUACCUCAAUGCGAACUCUGGAUCUCUGAGCUGGUCCAGUGAGCUGGGGGCCAGCAUCCCCUCCUGGCUGCAGGUGCCGAUGAUGGUGAGAGGACUGUGCGCAGCUCUCGGCAUCUACGUGACCUACUCACUGCAGGUGUACACAGUGAACUGCUCUUCCCUGCUGCCCUUCAUCUGCUUCUACGACCCCUCGGUUGGACACCGGGCUUCAGCAGAGUUGCCUCCACUCUUCCACGCUUCCUCUGCAGAAGUGACAGAGGAAACAACUCCCAGGCCAGGCAGAGCUGUGACCAGUGUAGGGAGUGGCACUGACAGAAGAGAUACAGCUGCUGCCACGGAGGCCCAACAUUUGAGUUCAGAAUCUAAAGACAAAACAUCAACACCAAAAUCAGGGCACCCUUUUGGAAUCCUGAAAGCAGAUUUUACCAUCUCAGCUCUGGUGGACCCAGAAGAAAUGAAAGACCAAUUUUUGAGACAGGUGAGACUUCUACCUACUCUCUUAAUUCUGAUCAGUCAGAUGACUUGA